AUGGUAUGUAUAUCGCUUGAGUGUGGACUUGCGCGAUGCUGUCUUUCACUUCGAUUUGGAAAUUGGUGGUCAUUCAGGGAUUUCAUGGCUGCGGUGUUCGAUUCGGAGUACUUUUCUUUAUACCUUGCAGGGCAGUUUUCGACUUUCUUCGAGCCCUGUUGGGUUUAUCACUCUAGAAUGGACACGUGUGGAAAUUCCGAGACCAAUGUGCAACCCAGAACUAGUGGAAUAAUCACUAACAACAGGCCCCUGGGCGGUCCGCAAACUGUGGAAGUCACCGGAAACUUUGAUGAUUGGUCGAGAAGUUUGAAAGCACUGAAACUCGAUUCUGGUCAGUUCACGGCAACUGUGAAGGUUCCCAAACGACAAAAACUAGUGUUCAAGUUCGUUAUUGAUGACGCCGAUUGGGAAGUGAGCGGAGACUACAAAAUCGAGCGCGAUGAAAACGGAAUUGAAAAUAACUACCUCGAUGCUAGUGAGCUAGUUGAGGACACAGAGUCAGUGACUUCGUCUUCAAGCAAGACAACCCCUGUGUCCAAAUCUGGUAUUGAUGAUACCGAGAAACUCACUCAAACUUCAAGUAAGACGACGCCUUUGUCCAAAUCUGGCACUGAUGGUGCCGAGGGACUUACUCAAACCUCAACAACAGAGUCCUCUUUUGCUGCCGUGUCUUCAUCUGCUACGGUACCUGAAUCCUACGAGGAAGUCCAGAGCCAGGAAUCCCCAGCAUUGGUCGAGCACGACGACAUGGGAGUAAGUAUGGAUACUCCUACAAAUUCGUUAGAUAAUUCUGCGUUGCUUCAGAAUACUACUACGAAUAGCAAGAACUCAGCUACGAAAGUUCAAGAUCAUGGAAAGUUCCCAAUUCCAGGUGAUUCCCAAGUAUUAGAUUCGGAAUAUCAUUCCGUUGACCAAUUCCGUGUUCCCGGUUCAUUUCCUUCAACUCCACCUAGAGGCGGGUCAACUCGCAGUCAGGAGAGUUCGUCAGUGAAAAAGGAGGGAUUCAUGUCCAAGCUCAAAAGUAUGUUCAGGUAA